CCAAGAGGCCCCCCAAGAGGUCAGUGGCCAUUUGGCUCGAGCCUGAAACUCAGGGGGGGUCUCGAAGCUCGCAGUGUGUAGCUGCUCUAGCAUACCAUGCCAGCAAGCACCCCGCGAACCAUGUUCACCGCUCGCGCGCUGUCUCAAGAGACUGAGGCGCCUCUCGCCGAGCAGGGUAAGGGUAAGGCGGUGAACCCCGACCUCUACGCCAGCUCGGCCCCCACGCGAUGCCCAACGGCAGAGCUGCCCCCCUUCGACGACGACCAGGACGACGACGCGCACGAGGAGAGCCGGGGGGUCACUGCGCGGCAGAAGGACGGCGACGAGCCAGCGCUCCUCGAGGCGGCGCCCUUCGAGACGGUGCCCCUCGGAGGCCGACGCCCCCGGAGGGGGCCUGCGAUGCCAGCGCCGAAGGGGGCCCCGCUCAGGCGCCUCCGGUCUGAGGCGUACUGGGCGCAGAGAGCCGCCGCCGCCCAGCGGCCGGCGCGCUCGCGCUGGGAGCUGGGAGUGCGGCGGCGCCGCCCGUGCUUCGGCGAAGAGGGCUGCCUCGGGCCCGCGGCUGCCCCAGCGCCGGCAGCGGAGGGCGCCGCAGGCGCCGGCCCGGCGGCGCCAGCGUCGCCGGCAGCGGGAGCCGCCGAAGGCGCGGAUGGCAGUCCCAAGAGCUGGGCGGGCGCCAUCUCGAGGGAGUUGCGCCGCGGGGCGCUCGUGCCGGUUCCGCCUCCGGUCCCGCCGCUGGCUGCGCCGCCAGGACCACUCGGUGCCGCUCUGAGGUCGCGCGGCCGGUCGUACCACCCGGCGCGGAGCUGCUAGGGGCCGUUGACCAUGCAAGCAGUUGUAAGUGAGUUUCAUGAGCAAUUGCAAGUGCAGCCGCUUGCUGCUCCAAGACCUGCUGACACUUAGCGCCGCGCUACUCAGCGUCCAGUAGCACUCAGGGCAAUCCACGCACUCGUUUCGUUCUGCGCAUUGCGCCCCUCCAGAGGCGUGCACCUUGUUUUUCAUGUCGGACUGCGCCCCUGGCCCUCCGAAC